AUGUUAUUCAAAAUGCAAUUGCAACAACAACAACAACAACAUCAUCGUCAUAUUGGCCUUCAUCAACAUGGCGAUCCUUGCGCUUGUUUACGUCCUGUGAUAAGAGUUUUUGGUCUACUGACUUCAUUCGUCAUCUGCGGAGUGGGUGUUGAUAUCUACAUACAUGGCUAUCAGGCUGGACUCUAUGUGCUUUUUGCAGCUUUCUUGGUGCUCAUAAUCGAAAUCAAAUGGCUGAUAAACAUGUUCCUACAACUCCAGGGAUCAGAAUGUAGAGAUGUUAAUUACCGCAGAAGUAACCAGAGCAGAUGUCUAGCCUGUUGGAUUUUUGCCUCUUGGUUAGCUGGAGGCUGGCGACCAACACCCGUAUAUGUGGCAAUGGCUAUAUCUCUGAUACUAUAUCCUCAUAAUUUAUGGCUUAGUCAAGUGGCGGGUAUAUUCUUGUUGCUGUUGGGUCUAUUUCGUCUCACCACACUCUUGAGAUUCAUUCCAUUGGCCAAAUUGUCAUGCGAUGAGAGUCUAUUGCCGCAUUAUGAUUUUGAGAAAGUAUCUAAUGAAGAUUUCACAGAACUUCGAACCGAGGAGGAUGACAAGGAGCAGGAGCUACGUUUGGAUGAUGAUGUUUGCUAA